UGGUCGUUUCGUCGUUCUAACCGUUCGAGGUGCUAAUUCAGCAUCAGAUAAGGUUUCGGUUUCGAUUUCAGCUCGGGGAGUAUUCAGCAAAGUUAGUUGCCCGACGACCGUGAUCGCGAUAGCAACACUUUCACCCACUAAAACGGAUCUAUAAUGGCCAAGCCACAGCACAUCCUGCAGCUGAGUGAGGAGCAGCGGAGCAGCUUCGUCGGCUCCUUCGACCGGGUGCUCAGCGACAUCGAUGGCGUCCUGUGGACCUUGGACUACAAUGUGCCGCGGGCGGCCGAUGGAUACGCCGCCCUCGAGCGGAUCGGAAAGCACCUGACCUUCGUGACCAACAACAGUGUCCGCACGAUGGACCAGUGCAUCAGGCGCUUCGCCAAGAUCGGGAUGCAGGUGCAGCCGGAGCAGAUCUGGCAUCCGGCCCAGUCCAUCAUCAAUUAUCUGCGGGGCAUCAACUUCCAGGGGCUCAUCUACAUCAUCGCCAGUCCGCCGUUCAAGGCGGUGCUCCGCGAGGCGGGAUUCCAGCUCCUGGAUGGGCCCAACGCGUUCAUCGAGGAUAACUACGAGAGCCUGGCCAAGAACAUCUUCGAUAAGGAGCCGGUUCGGGCGGUCAUCAUCGACGUGGACUUCAACCUGAGCUCCCCGAAGAUGCUGCGGGCCCAUCUGUAUCUGCGUCAUCCGGAGUGCCUGCUGAUUGAGGGCGCCACGGAUCGCCUGCUGCCGGUGGCCAAGGGCGUCAAUAUCAUCGGACCAGGUGCCUUCUCCUCCAUUCUGGUGGAGACCAGUGGCCGGGAGGAUAGCUGCAUCACGCUGGGCAAGCCGGGACGCGAACUGGGCCAUCUGAUUGUGGAGCACUACAAGAUCGAUCAGCCCAGCCGGGUGCUCAUGAUCGGCGACAUGUUGGCCCAGGACGUUGGCUUCGGGCGCCAGUGCGGAUUCCAGACCCUGCUCGUCCUCAGCGGCGGAUGCACGCUGGAGCAGCUCCUGGCGGAGACGGAUCCGCGGCACAUUCCGGACUUCUUUGCGGACAGCAUGGCCGAUGUGGCCCAGCUGCUCGGCGAGGCGCCCAAGGCGCAUGUUUGAAUCAGCGGAAAAUCAUUGGAAAAAGAAAGGAGUGCUAGGUUUACAAUGUAUUGGGUACCUGGUUAAAUGAUUCAUUAUUGUUAUCAUCACAAUACCGUAUUUUAUUCGUUAUCUGAAAUAUAGUUCACACUAAAUAAGAAAAAAAA